GUUCAGCAGCUUCUCUUCUCUCUGAUGAUGGAAGAAGUUGAACUCUGCUUUCCACAACUCAACACCUCCUGCAGGAGACCUGAGCGUCCUCAGUCUGAGGCUCGGCUCAUUAACAUCCUGCUGUUCUUCAUCUCUGUGCUCACUGCCGCCCUCAACCUGCUCGUCAUUAUCUCCAUCUCCCACUUCAGGAAGCUGCACUCCCCCACCAACCUCCUCCUCCUCUCUCUGGCAGUCUCAGACUUCUUCGUGGGCCUCCUGAUGUUCUUCCAGAUCCUGCUCAUAGACGGCUGCUGGCCCCUGGGGGACGUUGUGUGCAUCCUGUAUUAUUUAGUGGCCUACAUCAUCACCUCCGCCUCGGUGGGAAACAUGGUGCUCAUAUCAGUCGACCGCUACGUGGCUAUCUGUACGCCGCUGCAUUACAGCCUGAGAGUGACCAAGAGCAGAGUUAAAGCGUGUGUGUUUCUGUGCUGGAGCUGCUCCGUGCUCUGUCAGACCGCCAUGCUGAAGGACAACCUGGUGCAGCCGGGCAGGCAUCACACCUGCUCCGGUCAGUGCUUGACCGUCAACCGCAACAUUGCAGAAAUCGUCGAUUUCAUUCUGACCUUUAUCGGGCCCAUCACUGUCAUCGUGGUUCUGUAUAUGAGAGUGUUUGUGGUGGCGGCGUCUCAGGCUCACGCCAUACGCUCUCGCAUUGCAGCCGUCCGGUGCUCGGUGACCGUAACCGCCAAGAAGUCUGAGAUGAAAGCAGCCAGAAACCUGGGUGUCGUCGUAGUUGCCUUCCUAGUGUGUCUUUGUCCGUUCUGCUUUAUCACCAUCACAGGACAGGACAAGGUGCUCGACACGUCCUCUGUGGUCUUUGUGAUCUCUCUGUUCUACUUUAACUCCUGUCUGAACCCACUGAUCUACGCCUUCUUGUACCCCUGGUUUAGAAAAGCUAUCAGACUCAUUGUGACUCUUCAGAUCCUGCAGCCCGACUCCUGCAAGGCCAACGUGCUGUAGAGACACUUCAUCCUAUUAUUCCAUAGUUUAUCUUUAUAAUAAAGUUACAAAUCACAUGAUUUAAUAGUCUUUUUAUUGAUUUAUUGUUGUGAAUCCUGCAGUUACAUAACUUUGGCAAACAGAACAUAAAAUCUUCUCCCAAUAAUACAAAUAAUUCACUAAUAUAAUCCGACUGAUUAAACUUUCAUUCAUUUUUAAUAUUUGUGUGGAAAUUCUUAAUAAGGAUUACCUCUUUGAGGUGUUUACAAAGGGUUUGCAAUGACAAACGUACCAUAUAAAACAUUAAGAUCAGAUAGACCUUAUUGAUCCCAAACUGUGUCGAGUUGAAUUGAUCCUAUAAAGAGAAGAAAGGGCAUUUUUAAACAGGUGGUGAGAUGAUAUAGACCGAACAUUUACAGGUAGACUUUAUUUUCUAAGUUUUAGGAAAUCAUUUGACUUUAAUUGAUUGCCACACACAGUCUCACAUUAUUAUCUUCACUCUUUAUUCAUAUGCUUAUUCUUCUGUACGUUUUGGGGCCACAUCUACUCACAUUUUUUCAGUUAAAAACAUAAUUCAAAUGUUCACAAACUCUUAAAAAAAAUCUGAAUAAAUGGCUGAUAACUUAUGAACCAUUAGAAGUAGAAAAAAAACAUGUUUGUAAAGUGGGUUCUGUAGAGGAAAAAAAUAUAUAUUAUUAUCAUUCAGUAUAUAAUCCUUGUGUUAACUGUGAUUCUUUGUGUUACACCACUCUGUAGAAGGCUGUUUCCGCUGCACUGCAAAUUAACUUGCUGUCUUAAUACGAGGACAAACCACAUUUGCUUCAUGUAAUACAUGACAGGCUUAAAGAUAGCCCGACCUACACAUGUCUGAUAAACUACAUGAUAACCACCUGCAUACAAGGACAGACACAUUUAUAGCCUGGCUUGAACAUCUAAACUUUUUCCUUUUUCUUUUGGUCUGAGAAGGGAGUGGGCCCUCAUUUGGGAAUGCCUCCCUUAUUUGUCCCUGACAUCUAUCUCUUUAUGAAACAUCACAACUCUUUGUUCUUAUGCAUAUAAAAACCCUGGUAUUAAUGCAUUCUUCAUCGACUCAUCGGGAGACACUGACUGUUACUUGUUGAUGUCGAUCCUUCUGCGCAGAAGCUUUGAAUAAAUAUACAAAGACAAA